AUGUCUGGAUUAUCUCCAACAGCUGCAUCUGCGAAUUCUGCAGUAACAUGCAUCUCAUCCUCAUCGACAGAGACACUCAAUGCUGAGGAGGUAAUGGCGACAAAUGCUGCACAACUAGCAAUCGACGAGGAAACGCCGCCUCCAGCGCUUUAUAGGAUAUAUUCGAACCCGUGGUUCCAGAUACUUCUUAUCAGUGGUAUAUGUUUUUGCUGUCCUGGGAUGUACAAUGCUUUAACGGGUAUCGGUGGCUCGGGACAAGUUGAUCCCACGGUGGCUGCGAAUGCCACUGUAGCUUUACUUUCAGCCAUGGCAGUGACAUCUCUCUUCAUUGUUGGACCGGUUUUCAACCAAUUUGGACCGCGUGCAUGCUUGUUACUCGGUGGUUGGGCGUAUCCGCUUUACUCAGGUGCUCUCUUGAGCUUUAACAAAAACGGAAAUGGCGCCUUUGUCAUUGUCGCGGGAGCAAUCUUGGGUAUAGGAGCCUCCUUCGUAUGGGUAUCGCAAGGUGCUAUCAUGACAACCUAUGUACCAGAACAACAAAAAGGACGCGCAAUCGCCUUAUUCUGGGUGAUAUUCAACCUCGGCGGCGGAGUUGGUUCUCUCGCAAGUCUUGGCUUAAACUAUCGUUCAACUACCGGCACAGUUUCGGAUGCGACGUAUGUUUCCCUUCUGGUCAUCAUGACAAUCGGAUGGCUGCUUGGGGUCUUUAUUUGUCCUCCAUCUUCAGUACGAAACCACAACAAUAUUGAUGAGAGUCAUCAGAAGUCUCCGGUCAAGUUGUUGGAUGUCUGCCUCAAGAUGUCGAGCGAUUGGCGCAUACUUUGCAUGAUUCCACUUUUCUUCAGCGCCAAUGUCUUUUAUUCGUACCAGCAAAACGAAGUCAACGGAAGGAGCUUCAAUAUUCGCACGCGGUCGCUUAAUGGUGCUCUAUACUGGCUAGCCCAAAUGGUUGGAGGACUUGUUAUGGGCUUGCUUCUCGAUCUUCCCGGGCUCAGUAGGCCACAAAGAGCGCGCCUAGGAUGGAUAUUCCUUUUCUGCACUGGAAUGUGUAUCUGGGGGGGCGGAUAUGCGUUCCAGAAAUGGUCGAGUCAUCGCAUCAAUGAGAAGCAUCUCAAACAGGAUAUUGAUUUCACUUGGAGAUCUGUCUCUGUCGGACCAAUGUUUCUAUACAGUUUCUAUGGUGCAUACGAUGCAUUCUGGCAAUCGUUCUGUUACUGGCUGAUUGGAGCGCAGUCAAACUCGGCUACGGUGACGGCCAUUCUCGUGUGUGCAUACAAGGCCUUUCAGAGUGUUGGCGGCGCAAUUGCGUGGAGGAUCAAUGCCUUGGAGGUGUCGCCUGUCGUUCAAUUCUUCAUGGACUGGGGCUUGUGUAUAGGGUCUUUGGUGCUGGUCAUACCGACUGUGCUGGCAGUAACGUUGACAACUGCUGACGUAGAUCCUCCAAGUACGGAGGAGAAGGUCGAGGAUAGUUCAGCGAAAGCGUAG